AUGGCCAUUCAAUUAUUAUCAAUAACUUUUCCCUAUAUCUUUCUAUAUUGUCCACCACAAUUCUUAUAUCUAGCUUAUAUAGCCGGUUUAUCACGAGAUAUAGGUGCUGGUUACUAUACUGUUGCCACCACUAUUAAUUUCUAUGCUCUAACGUUCACUCCUAUUAUAUGUGCUCUCUCAUUGCCUGAACUUCGAACGAAAUUUAAAAUAUGUUUUCCAUUUUGCCGUAGAUGUCGUGCUGCUGUUGGUCCACAAGCAUUGAUGAUGACUCGUACAAAAGCAGGCCCAACAGCUAGUCCAGCAGCUGACCCAACAGCUCGCCCAACAGCUGCAAUAGCAACAAUUGCUCAAUAA